AUGCGCAGAUUCCUAUUCUCCCACAGGCGAAGAGAAGGCCAAACUUUUGUUCUGAACAAAGCAGCACCUUUCGUUAUGUCUUUUGAAACUUCUAUUGUAGGCUCUCUGCCAUUACACCGCCAUCUUUCUCCUUUACAGCUUCUCGAGAAUUUGCAUUCGGAAUUUGUUAUACUGAUCUAUCUAUCUAUCUAUCUAUCUAUCUAUCUAUCUAUCUAUCUAUCUAUCUCAAUGAGUUCAUAUCUUUCUUUCUCAAUGAGUUCAUAUCUUGCAAUCUGUGUUCAUAUCUAUCUAUCUAUCUAUCUAUCUAUCUAUCUAUCUAUCUAUAUCAAUGAGGAGUUCAUAUCUUUCUUUCCCAAUCAGUUCAUAUCUUGCUAUAUGUGUUCAUAUCUAUCUAUCUAUCUAUCUAUCUAUCUAUCUAUCUAUCUAUCUAUCUAUUCCAGUUUGUUUCUUUCCAUAAAGUACCCCUAA